AGGCUGCCCUGCAGUCAUGUGCAAAAGGUGUCUAUAAAUUCAGCUGCUUCUCCGUCACAGAGCAGUAUAAGCACACAGCAUGACGUGGGGAUGCAAAAGGGACUAAGCACCUAAAGGAUUCUAUUUUCUCUCUGCUGUGUUGGGUUGUAACUAUCCUGGAAAGAUACUCAGGUGUAGAAAUGGUUGUUACGAAACCCACGGACGUCCUGGUGCCCUCUCAGGCAGUUAAGUUCUUCGGAGCAGGCACCGCCGGCUGCAUUGCUGACCUCAUCACCUUUCCCCUGGAUACUGCCAAAGUCAGACUACAGAUUCAGGGAGAGGCUAGUAAAAUCAAAGGGGCCUCUGCAACAAAGUACCGAGGAGUGUUUGGCACCAUUUUGACCAUGGUGCGCACAGAGGGGCCCAGGAGUCUUUACAACGGCCUGGUGGCAGGACUCCAGAGGCAGAUGAGCUUCGCCUCUGUCCGAAUCGGCCUUUACGACUCCAUGAAGCAGUUUUACACACGAGGCACUGACAGCGCUGGGAUUGUGACUCGGCUCAUGGCAGGGUGCACCACAGGAGCCAUGGCUGUGGCUUUUGCCCAACCAACAGAUGUGGUGAAGGUGCGUUUCCAAGCCCAGGUACGAAUGGCUGAUGGUAGCAGGAGGUACAACAGCACCCUAGAUGCCUACAGGACGAUUGCGCGAACUGAGGGAAUAAGGGGCCUUUGGAGAGGCUGCAUGCCCAACAUCACUCGUAACGCCAUUGUAAACUGUGCAGAGCUGGUGACCUAUGACAUGAUCAAGGAACUCAUCCUGAAGUAUGAUCUAAUGACAGACAACCUGCCCUGCCACUUCACAGCCGCUUUUGGUGCAGGCUUCUGCACAACAGUUGUGGCCUCUCCUGUGGAUGUGGUCAAAACACGGUUCAUGAACUCAGGAGCUGGCAAGUACAGCAGCGCAAUCAACUGUGCCCUCACCAUGCUGAGAAAUGAAGGACCCAAAGCUUUUUAUAAAGGGUUCACGCCUUCUUUCUUGCGACUGGGGUCCUGGAACAUCGUGAUGUUUGUGACGUAUGAACAGAUUAAAAGAGAAAUGACCAAGGCACAGCAGAGCUGGGAGUCGCCAUUUUGACCUCACCUCAUUAGACUUCAGUGAUGCAGAGACACAAAGGCCUUGCCUUUACCACAGUGCAGUGGAGACCAGUGGUGACCCAUGGUUGGAAAAGGAGAUCAUAACUGAAGUGGCUCAGAGGUGAAGCUGAGGCAUCAUAAGAGCUCACAUGCUAUAAAGACCGAUGGAAGGAAGGAGUGACUCAUCAAACUCCUGAAUCACCACGGACAUUGCGGGCAUAAUAACACUCCACUUUGAAGAUGUAUUUUCAUGUUUACAAGAAUGAACUGUAUGAAUGAUGUCAUUCUGCAUUCAGGGCAGGUUUUCCAUGAAAGAGACAGAGAAACUGGAUCAGGCAAUAUUUGACCUCAACAGUGAUCAUGUCUAUGUCCUUUACUUUGUCUUCUUGUGGACUGUUUACAAUGUUUACCAUUAUAUGUUCUGCAUGUAGUCAGGAAUGUGUAGGCUCAUCUAAGUGCUGCUGAUUGUAAAUAACAUGAUGUAUCGCCGGUCGAUAAGUCAUAUGAAUAGAAUAUAUUGUACAUGAUGCUGUACAAAUAAAGUGCCAGUUUUUAA